UGGAGCGACGUUGAUUACUCUGCCAACUAGCGGCAGUGCAACUGAUAAAAAAAUAUCCUUUAACUUGCAGUUUGGUCAAGUUUGCAGAGCAAUUACAGCAGUUAAACGGAAGCUCAACCGGAAACUGUUGUUGUACAACGACCAGCUUGACUCACUGACCCCGGUCCAGUCUAGUCAAACUUCACCGACACAGACAUCUCAAGUCAGGCUGUCGUUGGCUGCUGUCUCUCGGAGAUGGAGCGGAAAGUUGCUCGGGAAUUUAGGCACAAGGUGGAGCUGCUGAUUGAGAAUGAAGCAGAGAAGGAUUACCUGUAUGAUGUCCUCCGCAUGUAUCACCAGUCGAUGGAUUUGCGGGUGCUUGUAGGGGACCUGAAGCUGGUAAUCAACGAACCAAAGCGCUUGCCCCUGUUUGACGCUAUCCGACCUCUGAUCCCACUCAAACACCAGGUGGAGUACGACCUGCUCACCCCUAAGAGGUCACGGAAGCUCAAAGAGGUGCGUUUGGAUCGGACAAAUCGUGAUGGACUGGGUCUGAGUGUCCGUGGAGGGCUGGAGUUUGGUUGUGGUCUCUACAUAUCACAAAUAGUCAAAGACGGUCAGGCUGGGAAUGUCGGCCUUCAGGUUGGUGAUGAGAUUGUUCGCAUCAAUGGAUACUCCAUCUCCUCUUGUAUCCACGAGGAGGUCAUCAGUCUCAUCAAGACGAAGAAGAUCGUGUCACUCAAAGUCAGGCAUGUGGGGAUGAUCCCAGUGAAAAGCUCAUCCGAUGAACCCCUCAAGUGGCAGUUUGUCGACCAGUUUGUGUCUGAAUCUGGGGAGAAAAAAAGCAGCAUUGCAGGCUUGGCAUCCCUCGGAGGGAAGGAGAUCAAGGAGAAGAAGGUUUUCCUCAGCCUUGUGGGUACCAAGGGUAUGGGUAUCAGCAUCUCCAGUGGUCCAACACAGAAACCUGGCAUCUACAUCAGUAACGUCAAACCAGGCUCCCUUUCUGCAGAAGUUGGACUUCAGGUUGGAGACCAGAUUGUGGAGGUGAAUGGGGUGGAUUUCACCAAUCUGGACCACAAAGAGGCUGUGAAAGUCCUGAAGAGCAGCAGGAGUCUGACUAUCACUGUCCUGACAGGAGCUGGCAGCGAGCUGUUUAUGACAGACGAGGAGCGUCUGGCAGCGGAGGCCCGCAGAGAGCUGGAAAGGCAGGAGCUCAUGCAUCAGAAGAAGGUGGCACUGGAGACCAACAAAAUCAUUAAAGAGCAGCAGGAGAAGGAGAGGCAGAGAAAGAUGGAGAUCUCUCAGAAAACUGCAGAGGAAGAGGAGCGCUUUAAGAAGGAGAUGGAGAAGAUUGACUCUAUGGAGAAGAAACACCACAGAGAGUGGGAGGAGGACUGGGGAACCAAAGACAGGCCCAAGAGCCCUAAGAGCCCCGGCACUCCAAAGAGCCCAUCUCCUGCCCCACCUGAGAUAAAAACCACCCCGACUCCAAAGGCCAAGAGUUCUCUUGAUGAAGCCAGUUCCUUCACAGAGGAAGACGAAGAGGAAGAGCAGGACACACAAGGCUUUCAGAAAUUCGUGGAAGAUUUUGAUCCCCACUCAAUGUUCUCCUCGGACCAGAUUGCUGGGCGAGAUGUGAGACAGCUGAAAAUCAAAAAGAUGGGACAGCUUGACCUGGCUCUGGAGGGGGGCGCGGACUCUCCCUUGGGAAAGCUGGUGAUAUCAUCUGUGUAUGAAGGCGGUGCUGCAGAUAAGCACGGUGGCAUUGUACCCGGAGAUGAGCUUAUGGCUGUGAAUGGGAAGAUCCUGAUCGAUGCCACGUUGACUGAAGGACAAAACUCUCUGGCUCGAGCCUGGAAUGGUGGAGGGGACUGGAUUGAUGUUGUGAUUGCAGUGUCCCCUCCGAAAGAUUAUGAAGAUGAAGUAACAUUCUUCUAGUUUCAUUAACAACCUGCCAUGAAAACCAGACUGAUUAAGAAGAAGGAGCCCUUAAUUCUUGAGGAUUCAUCAUCUCUUUAAUCACAAUAGACUAAUAAUACUAUGUUUCCUUCAUCUUUUCCCUGUAAAUACACAAACUCACAAUGGUCUUUUUGCUUUUAGUUUGCAUUACAUCGGGCUUAAAUGAGCAUCUUGGCAACACGGUGUCAAUAUGCAUUCUCACUGUCUUGAUUUGUGAAGGAUGCUCCUGUCAAUAUGUACUUGUCUCCAAUAAUCCUCUUCACCUCUUUCGAGCCUGGACAUGAAGCUGUAGACCUCAAUUAGAUACGCACCUUUAAACAUGUGUCUCAUCUGUCAGUAUAACUGAAAAGGGCGAGUAACAGGAGACAAAGUGUAAUCAGUAACACUUCUCUAAUCUGCCUUUUCAAAGCCUAAUAAAGGAAUGCUCACAGGACUCA